AACAAUCAAGGACGUUACAACCAACUAACAAUCCAACAAAAUGUCAACCUAAAAUUCCUGUACAAACACUAACAAAAUCACAACCCCCCAGUUCAAUAAACAAUAACAAUCUUGAUUAUAUUCCGAACUAAAUUCAAAGUCAUCACCCAAACAUGGCGCACGCAUUUUUCGCGGAUUCGGCAAAAAGGUCAGAACGCCGUAAUAGAAAAUGGUACAUGGACAACUUGUUGAACGUACUGCAAGCAGCCAAGGAAAACCAGGAGAGAGAGAUCGAUGCAUCUAUUGCGCUUGCUGAGGAACUUAUGCGGAGAUUAAAUGAGCCUCAACCGCUGCCAAAAGUGGUCCCACUGCGGCGUGUGGUACCCACUGAAAUAGAUGCCGUGAUGUACCCGAUAGAAGAGGAAGUCCUCGACAUACUGCAGAAAAGUACUCAUAAAGGGUCUGCCAAUAGAUAUCUAAAGGAGAGAUACAAAAAAGCACCGGAGGAAAAAUUUCUGUACCGUGUAGCCACGAGUUGGGAUUACGGCUGGCAGCAGAAACAAGCUAGGUUGAAGGCGCGCGACGUGAACUUUGGCCGAAGCUUUAUAUUGCGGAAUACCUUCUACCGCAAGAACAACCUGGCGCCCGACCCGCCGCAUUAUGGCCAGCCCAGUGGCGGGCAGACCUCGAUCUGCAGCGAAUAUUCUUGUAACUUUAAUUAGUAACUUGCUAGGAUAAGCUAAGAUAAAAUACACGACGAACAAACUAAAAUACAACAGUUUAUAAAUAUAUUCAAUAAAAUUGGUAUAAAUAAUAGACGAAAUAUAGCAAAAAACAUAUAUUUUAUAAUUUUAUUAUUUACAAUAAUUCAACUUUUAUUUACAUAUUAACAACAGCAAAUGUACCCUUUGUCUAAGGCCACAUCUAACUGUUCGAAAGGGAAUUACUAUAAAAUAAAAAAUGUGUACAGAGUUCUUUCAAUUUUGUUUUUACGAAAGAUUGUGUGAUUAAGAGGUUGGUCGUGUUUAAUCUCAAUAGAAUCAUUUCUGGAUAAAGAAAACAGUUGUCUCUAGUAUAUUACAAAAAUAAUAUGAACAUGGAAAGAUAUCAACAGUAUUGUGACACUAUGUACUAUGGUGAAAGACUCUAUUGAGACCAACUACAACAAUCAAAUGCUACUAUAAAAUUAAUUAACCAGCAUAUCAACAACAUCCACUCACUCCUAACAAGAUACUAAGAAAAUAACUAAUAAAAUAAAUGUUAAUAUAAUUAAUAAUAAAUAUGAGACAUUUUGUUCUUUCUCAAGUUCAUAUUUUGACACAUUAUGUACAAUUAUUUUAUAUAUCAGUCCGUAUUAUCUGCAUAAACUUUUACUUCAAAAUUUGUCCACAAUUCAACUGUGUAUUGUGCAAAAUAAGACAAUUUAUUAUGCUCUCUCUCCUUUGGCGUGUUGUCUAUGUUCCAGGGUUAAUCAAGUUACAGGCAUGUUAUAUACUCCAAGUAUGGCCCCUUCACCUCCCGGGGGGAAAGACCAACAAUGUAACUAUUCAUUACUGUAUCAUCUGCAUUUAUCAAGGCUUCAACAAUAUUCAUAUAAGCAAGCAUGUACACAAGGCCCAACUACUAGAAAUUCUACUUUUUAAGAAGUAGGCAUGUAUCUGUUGAAAUUGCAAACCAUUGAAAAGUGAAUAGUAAUGCCACAGUACAAACUGUUUGUGCUAGACUACACUAAUUGCAUGUGCUAGAUACUGUGUAGCUGGGCCUGUACAACUGGCAAAACUGUAACUGUGUACUGGACAAAACAGUAUAUCAUACUGUUUAGCCACACUUUGUACAUGUACUUAAACUUUUAGUGGCACUAAAGCAGUCUAUCACAACAAAAGAAAGUAACAAAAAGUAUAUUUAGAAGAAAGGUAGAUCAGCUGCAUGCUGCCAAUCCUAACAGUUAUCUUCAAUAAGGCAGUUACAUAAUUGUACUUAAGUAGGUGCAGCAAUUAAUUUACAAAUUGUAAACAAAAUGCUUACAAGCCAUAUAAACUUUGACAAGUACUGACACUGCCUUUUGUAUAUAACCCCAUUAAAAAAAAAAACAUUAAAUAGAAAUGUCAUUUGUUAAUUUGAUACUGAUUACGGUAACUUCCCCUCAGCUCGCUUCACAUGUGAUGAUGAUAAAUGAAUGAGAUCAGACAUUUAUGAGAACCAAUAUAGACGAUAGUAGCAGGACGAGUGCCGCAAUACCCGGUGUCGCGACAUCGCCGCGGUGUACCCACGGUACACCCAGACACAUACUAGUCUGAUAUGAUAUUAUUGUCACAACUUUAUA